GGAGAAGCUCUCCCAUGCAGAGAUCGACCUGUGAUCUACGAGAGAUAUUGUUGGCUGAUGCUUGUGCUCUUUAAGCCAUGGAAACAUGCGUUCGAUUUACGAGUCCCCGGUGCAAGUUGGUCCGAAACGUUGUCGAGUUUUUGUUUGGUGCAUCCAGAAUGGGUCGCUCGCAUGAAUAAUAUGCAAUUACUGCACGAGUGUCGUGACAGUCAUGAUGAU